AUGUAUUUUGGAAAGAUUGCCUAUCAGAGGGUAUUGUAUGUAACCCACAUGCCAUUCUUUAAUCCCCAGGUGAGAGGUCAGCUCCAGUUAUUUGGUCCAGGGGGAUGUGUUGUGGGUACCCACCAACAACCACCAGUGUCCAUCUUGCCACAGACCAAUCUUCCACAGAACCUCCCUCUCGUGCAGGAUUUGCCUCCACAAAACUUCUCAACAAAAGAUCAACAUCUAUUGAAACCACCUCCAUGCAUGGGUACUGGCAGUGGCUUAGGAAGACGUGCAUCGGAUGGAGGGGCCAAUCUACAAAUGUACUUCCAGCGGCAGUUUGAAGGAGGUUGGAGUCAUCCUAAUAGUCAAGAACAAAUUACACAGAUGGGACUUGGGGUAAGAGGGAUGGGUGGCCAUUCGCAGCCUCUGCCUCAACAGGAAGAUGAGCAAAUUGUUGUGCACAAAGAUGAGAUUGAUCCUUUAGACGUUGCUAA